AUGGCUUCUGGUAAAGAACAAGAGCAACAAGGGUUUAAACAAGCAAAGUGUGUUAAGGUUCAUGGACCUAUCAUUGUAGGUGCAGGACCAUCUGGCUUAGCCGCUGCUGCUUGCCUUUCUCAACAAGGAGUCCCUUCUCUAAUUCUUGAAAAAAGUGACUGCAUAGCUUCUCUUUGGCAACAAAGAACCUAUGACCGCUUAAAACUUCACCUUCCUAAACAUUUCUGUGAACUCCCGCUUCUUGGUUUCCCUGCUAAUUUCCCCAAGUACCCUACCAAGAGCCAAUUCAUUUCUUACAUGGAGUCUUAUGCUUCUCAUUUCAAUAUCCAUCCUAAAUUCAACCAGGCUGUAAAAAAGGCGGAAUAUGACCACGUUAAAGGGAUUUGGAGGGUGCAAACUGAACACCUUGAGUACCAUUCUAGAUGGCUUAUUGCUGCUACUGGUGAGAAUGCUGAGCCUGUAAUACCUGAAAUAGCUGGUUGUGGCAGGUUUAAAGGUGCUAUUCUACAUACAAGUGAGUACAAUUCUGGUUCCAAGUUCAAGAACCAAAGGGUCUUGGUCAUUGGGUGUGGCAAUUCAGGGAUGGAAGUUAGCUUAGACCUCUGUAGACACAAUGCGAUCCCUCAUAUGGUUGUAAGAAAUACAGUGCAUGUUCUUCCUCGAGAGAUGUUUGGCAUGUCAACAUUCGGAGUAGCCAUGGCACUUCUAAAGUGGCUCCCCGUGAGAUUAGUGGACAAGUUGCUACUUCUAGGAGCCAAUCUCACCUUGGGCAACACAGACCAAUUAGGCCUGAAACGACCAAAAACAGGCCCCAUUGAGCUAAAGAAUGUCACUGGAAAGACACCAGUGUUGGAUGUUGGUGCAUUAUCACAGAUUAAGUCUGGCAGAAUCAAGGUGAUGGAAGGUGUGAAGGAGAUAACAAAAAAUGGAGUCAAAUUUAUGGAUGGACAAGAAAAGGAGUUUGAGUCUAUAAUCUUAGCAACUGGGUACAAAAGCAAUGUCCCUACUUGGCUCAAGGGAUGUGAUUUCUUCACGAAAGAUGGCAUGCCCAGAACCCCCUUUCCUAAGGGCUGGAAAGGAGGAAAUGGACUGUACACGGUUGGCUUCACAAGAAGAGGCCUGUUAGGAACAGCCUCGGAUGCAGUUAAAAUUGCUCAUGACAUAGCUGGUGAAUGGAAGGCAGCAAAGGAAAGUAUUAGAUCUUGUAAUUCCCAUGUUAUCAUACACUUAGAUCAUGAUGGGGGCAAAUAAGAUGAGAAAAGAGAGAAAAUUCGGGGUAAACUUUCAUAGAUUAAGUUUUUAGGUGGGAGAUUAAUUAGUUGUUCACCAGGGAGGACUAGUUUUCUUUUUUUUUUCUUUUUUUCUCUUUUCUUUCUUGUAAAUGCACCAAUUUUGUAUGGGAGGUUAAUCUCCACUCCUCUUGUAUCUUCCUAGACUUUGUACAAAAUAACGUCCAGAGUAGAAUUUAACUUGAAUUCCCAAAA